AUGACAGCAAUGGAAACCAACCAACAAACGACAUUUAAAGGCGAAGAUAUAACUUCUGAAAAAGAUGGAGGUAUUCUCAAAGAAAUACUUAAAGAAGGUCAUGGUGACGAACAACCAUUACCAAAUGAUAAAGUCUAUGUACAUUAUGUUGGUACAUUACUUGAUGGCACUAAAUUUGAUAGUAGCCGAGAUCGUAAUCAAAAAUUUGAUUUUGAACUUGGUAAAGGUUCAGUUAUUAAAGCAUGGGAUAUUGGUGUCGCAACAAUGAGACGUGGAGAAAUAUGUCGUUUAACAUGUAAACCUGAAUAUGCAUAUGGCGAAAAUGGUUCGGGUGACAAAAUAGGACCAAAUGCAACAUUAAUUUUUGAAAUUGAACUUUUUGAUUUUGUUGGUGAAGAUUUAAGUGAAAAAAAAGAUCAAAGUAUUAUGCGACGAACAUUAACAAAAGGUGAAGGAUGGGCUAAACCAAAUGAAGGUGCUACUGUUGAAGUUAUGCUUAAGGGUACUCAUAAAGAUCAAGUAUUCGAUGAACGAACAGUAUCAUUUACUGUUGGUGAAGGUUUCUUACAAAAUAUUCCUGAAGGUGUCGAGCAUGCUAUUACAAAAAUGACGAAAAAUGAACAUGCUCAAUUACAAUUAAAAUCAGAUGCGACAACUGGUGUAGAAAAAUUUAACAUUCCAAAAAAUACUCCUGUUCAAUAUGAUGUUACAUUAUUGAAUUUUGAAAAAGCUAAGGAAUCAUGGUCAAUGAAUGAUGUUGAAAAACUUGAACAAUCAGAAAUUUUAAAAAAACGUGCUGCAGAAUUAAUUACAUGUUUUAUUGAAUAUGAAGGUCUUUAUCAGUGA